AGAAGUGAGCGAUGGUAUAAAUUCCCCAACCGAGCCUGUGAGUGUCUGCACUCUCCUCUGUCUGUCUGUCUGACUGUCUGUCUGACUGUCUGUCUGUCGGUGUGGGCUGACCAAAACUGAGACUGAAGAUGGCUGCAGGCAAAGCACAGAUUGGAAAGCUGGCUCCAGACUUCACAGCCAAAGCAGUGAUGCCAGGUGGACAGUUCAACGACCUGAAGCUGUCAGACUACAGAGGUAAAUACGUCGUCUUCUUCUUCUAUCCCCUGGACUUCACCUUCGUUUGUCCGACUGAGAUCAUCGCUUUCAGUGAUGCUGCCGAAGAGUUCAGGAAGAUCGGCUGCGAGGUCAUCGCCGCCUCUGUCGACUCCCACUUCUCCCAUUUCGCAUGGACCAACACACCGCGUAAGCAGGGCGGUCUGGGUAACAUGAAGAUUCCUCUGGUAUCUGACACACGGCGCACCAUCUCCACAGAUUAUGGCGUCCUCAAGGAGGAUGAGGGCAUCGCCUACAGGGGUCUGUUCAUCAUUGACGACAAGGGCAUCCUGAGGCAGAUCACCAUCAACGACCUCCCAGUUGGACGCUCUGUCGAGGAGACCUUGCGUCUGGUCCAGGCCUUUCAAUUCACUGACAAGCACGGAGAAGUGUGCCCAGCCGGCUGGAAACCAGGAAGUGACACCAUCAAACCUGACGUCCAGAAGAGCAAAGACUUCUUUGCCAAGCAUUAAUAAGUGCAAAGCCACAGUCUGCUGCCUGCUGUAGGAGAUUUUGUUAAGAGAUUACAUUUUUUUCCAGAGAACAAUAUUUGAAGUCAGCUGCUGUGCCUGUGGCGGUGUAGUUAGGAGACAGUCUGUCAACAUGCUGUGUGUGAUCUGUUGUCUGUAGAGUGAAUAGUGCACCCAUGACCAAAGUAAUGAUGUUGCUGUAAUGUAUGCUAUUAUAACUGUCUGGCUGAGCUAAGUGUCUUGUGUUCUUUAAUGUACAGGACCAUAAAAGCAUUAUUAUUGAAAUGAAGCCACAAGCACAUCUCUCCAUUGUAAGGUGUUUUUUAUUUUAUUUUAUUUACAGUGAACAACACAUGUACUUUCAUCUAAAAUAAAGAAUACACAUUUGUAACACUCUUCUCAAGAGCUACAUUAACUGCAAACAUCACAGUUAUUAUUAUUGUUCGUAACCCAUAUCUUAUUCUUUAUUGGAGGUGUUAGUAACAACAAGUCGAGUGCACGUUGGAUCAUGUGCGAGGUGUUAUGUUUCUUAUUAUCUCGGUGAACAAUGACAGGACAUAGUCAAACAAAUAAAAAGAAUGGUGGAUGAAAAA